CAUUAUUUAAAGGACUAGCUCUUUCCUCCUCAAUAUUCAGACACCUUGGGAAUAUCAUCCAUAACGGAAUUAUUUUAUUUUUUUCCUAUAAAGCGUUCAAGGCUGAGGAAACAUCAUCCUACACAUUAUAUAUACGCAGCUUUUUUCUUCUUCAUUCUGGCUCUCUCUUCUCGCUCGUUUUAUAUACAUUAACCUUCAUUAACCAUGUCGAUGUGGUUUGAUGUACUUCAUAUAUUAGGCAUUCUGUCGUUGAGCUGCUGCACUUUUGGAUCUGAAUUAAAUGUUCCAACACCAAUUAGCUGUGGAACUCGGGCGGUUGACCUACCAGACACACGUCAGCUGGUGCUUUGCCCAGCAAACUGCACUCUGUGGAGUCUGUCAGUGUUCGGCUCAGGAGUAUAUGCCUCUAUUUCCAGCAUCUGUGGAGCAGCAAUACACAGAGGCAUCAUAAGUCUAUCAGGUGGACCUGUGGAGGUUCACAGACUGCAAGGCAGGACAAACUACCUCAGCUCUUACGCUCAUGGCGUCCAGUCUCAGUUCCUGUCACAAUGGACCUCAUCUUUCACUGUGGCCAGAACAAUUAGCUUGCCUUUGGAAGUGUCCAGCCAAACAAGUAGUUCUGUCACAGCUGCAUCUGGAGCAGCCAAGAAACCAGUCAAAAAACCUGUAAAGAAACCUCCUCCAACAACAGAAAACAGAGAUUGCCCCGUGGAUAUGGCUUUGCUGAUAGAUAGCAGUUACAACAUUGGAAAGCGCCGGUUCAACUUGCAGAAGAACUUUGUCAGUAAGCUUGCAAUGAUGCUGAAGGUGGGAUCACCAGGACCUCAUGUAGGAGUGGUGCAAACCAGUGAGACACCUCGAACUGAAUUCUACUUGACUAACUAUACUACAGCCAAAGACGUGACUUUUGCCAUCAAAGAGAUUCCAUACAUUGGGGGCAAUACAAAUACAGGUAAGGCUAUAUUACACACUGUGAGGAACUUCUUCAAUCCGGAUUUCGGUGUUCGGAGAGGGUACCCAAGGGUCAUUGUGGUGUUUGUCGAUGGGUGGCCCUCUGAUAAUGUGGAGGAGGCGGCAGUUUUGGCCAGAGAGUCUGGCAUAAAUGUGUUCUUUGUGUCUGUGGCCAAACCUGCCCCCGAGGAGAUGAGCAUUGUGAGCGAUCAAGACUUCAUGAGAAAGGCAGUGUGCAAGGACAAUGAGUUCUUCACCUUCACCAUGCCCAGUUGGAUUGGAACCAACAAGUUUGUGAAGCCACUUGCUCAUAAACUUUGCUCCAUUGAUCAGAUGGUCUGCAGCAAGACCUGCUAUAACUCUGUGAACCUGGGCUUCCUGAUUGAUGGCUCCAGCAGUGUAGGUGAUGGAAACUUCCGGCUAGUGCUUGACCUUCUCGUCUCCAUUGCACGCAACUUCGACAUCUCUGACAUUGGGUCUCGCAUCGGUGCCAUCCAGUUCACCUACGAUCAAAGGAUGGAGUUCAAUUUCAAUGACCACACAACGAAAGACGAUGCUCUGAGGGCCCUGCAGAACAUCCCAUACAUGAGCGGAGGCACCGCCACUGGAGAUGCCAUUAACUUUGCUGUGCGAAGUCUCUUCAAACCCCGCACAGGCUCUGGAAAGAAGUUCCUCAUUAUCGUCACUGAUGGACAAUCUUACGAUGAUGUAAGAGGGCCGGCUAUGGCCGCCCAGAGAGAGGGAAUUACCGUGUACACGGUUGGUGUGGCUUGGGCUCCGAUGGAAGAUUUGAGGGCAAUGGCGUCCGAGCCCAAAGAGAGCCACGUGUUCUUCACUCGCGAGUUCACCGGCCUCGCGCAGUUCCAGCAGCCCAUCUUACGAGGGAUCUGCAGGGACUUCACAGAAUACAAUUAAAGUGCAACUGUCUGAGUGACAGAGAGAAGGAAAGAGAAAGAAAGAAGUAAAGGGCGAGCGCAAUUAAAAGAACAUUAUUUGUAUUAUUUAGAGUUUUGUUAUACAUAGAACAAGUGUGACCAGCGCGUGCGUGUGUGUGUGUGUGUGCGCGUGCGUUUAACUACACUGCAAAGCAGUGAUGGGCUUUGAAUUGUAUUUGCACGGUUUUCAGCUUUAACGGUAUUGGUGUGUCUGACGAUACAAAGGAUUGAUACAUCUUAUCUUAGAACGUUAUCACACAGUAUUGUACGUCAACCUCUCUGUAUUGUGGACUAUGUAAUAAUUUUGUGAUUUGUAGCCUUUUUCAUUAUGUUCCUGUUAAAAAAAAACAACAACAACAUUAUUUUACUUCUUUUGGCAAGUCUGUUUGCCUGCGGAGGGGUCACGGUAACAAAAGGCUCUUAUUCAUAUCGGGACUUGAAGAUUCUUUUCCAGUUACACUUAGUUGAGGGCAAGAUGGGGAAGGUGACCAGAAAACAGCUCUGAAGAGGUUUAACAGUGAAACAGCACCCUCCAACGCCUUCUGUCGGCAGUAUGGAUCACUAGACUUCUGGAUGCAUCUCUUUCCUUUUUAUUUAUCUCAAUAAAUCAAUGUUUGCUAAUUCAUACCAUUACAUAAGUAGAUCUGGGUUAUAUAAUAAAACAAUAUGGUCCUUCCCAGAGGUACCAAACAAUAUACAAGCACUGUACAACAUUCACAAACACUCUUUCAGUCACACAUUUUCACAAAGUCAUGUUAUGUCAGAGUGAGAUAUUAGAAUUAGCAGUUUUAAAUCUUAUAUAUCAUUUUUUCUUAUACUUUUAAUGUCACCUACUUUUUCUGUGUACCCUUCCAUAUGCAUGCUUUACUGCCUCACACAAUGAUGUCAGAGGUGGGAGCAUCAAAGUGCUUGUACAUUUGUUUAUAAUUUAUUACUUUUCUCAAUAAAGGACAAGGUGUUUUUACAACUUU